CACUAUACCUCUAUAGUCUAUGAUUCGGCGUUUGGUUGACGCCUUUUCAUUUCCUGACAUUCUUGUCUGUGACUGCCUCGCUGUCUUCUGAAGAAAUGAAAAUUGCGUUUUAUAAUUAGGCAAAAAUAAUUGUCUCGUUUUCAUUUAAAGUGAAAAAACCUAAGAUGAACCGUCAAGUGGAUGUAAAAGCGCUAGUGUCCCACAUAGUGAGAGGCGAUGGCUUGGACAAAUGUCGAAUUUGUAUGGGAGACACCACCGAAGGCCAGGUUUACCUCGGCGACACGGUCAUGAUGGAUGGAGAACGACCAGUCACACUUUCUGAACUACUGGAAAUAAUCACAGGCAUCGAGUUAACAGAGGAGCCCCUCUGCCCCCCCGGCGUGUGCGCGGCGUGCGCGGCCGGCGCCGUGGCGGCGCACGGGCUCCGCGCGCUCGUCGCCGACUCGCGCCGCAUGUGGGCCGCCGCCGUCACGCAGCUCGGGGUCCUCCCCCUCCACCAGACCCCCACCGUCAAAUCCCUCUGCGCCUUCAUCAGAUCAGACAAUCUAAAUAUACAAAUAGCCAAAGACUACACUAUAAAUGAUAAAACAACUCCAUUAAACAGACUUAAAACUAGAAUUAACAGAAAGAAGAGUGAUGAAAAAAAACCAAGAGUCCACCGCUCAGGGCCGCCAUGUAAAUGCACGGACUGUGGGAAGGAAUUCAUAAGUCCUUAUUAUUUGAACGUGCACUUUAAAAAUAGCGGUCAGAAAGACGCUUGUACGACUUGUGGGGCUAUUGUUCUUAGAGGCAAACAGAUGCGAGAUCAUUUAGUGAAAGUCCAUAGAGAAACCGCGUUCGUGUGUAAGGAGUGUCCUGCGAUUUUCAACAAUGAUAUCGAAGCUAAAAAACACGAGAAGAAAGCGCAUAAAACUGGCUUAACUUGUGGAGAUUGUGGGAGAACGUUUCAAAGAAAUGCUUCUUUCGAAACCCAUGCGCAAAUGCACGCCGUACGCACCUGUAGAACGUGCGGGGUACAGUUCACCAACAGAGCUUGCUAUAGGGAACAUAGAUCUAAAUGUGAACCGGACGCGAAACCUGAUAGAGACACCGUACCGAGAAACAGGCGCUCGAACAUUCGCGACCCAGCUCAAUUUACCUGUGAUUAUUGCAAGAAAACUUACACGUCCCGUCCACAAUUGAAGAAUCAUAUACUAUGGAUACACAUGGACGUGCGUCCCCACCAAUGUCAAUGGUGUGGAAAGCGUUUUUACACUCCAGCGCGAUUAGCUGAGCAUAGUGUUGUGCAUACUAGGGAGCGUAACUUCGCCUGUGAUAUCUGCGGGGCGAAAUUAGUUUCCAAAAUGGCUGCCGUGUACCAUAGACGCCGUCACACAGGUGAAAAACCUUAUCGCUGCGAAGACUGCGGCGAUUGUUUCAUUUCUGCUUCUAGACGCUCUGAACAUGCGAAAAGAAAGCACGGGAAAGGUCCAAGACUACAUUGUACUCGAUGUCCUUCAAGUUUCGUUCGGAUACAUGAGUUAAGGAGGCAUAUUGAGAAAGCACAUAGCCACGUUGUUCCUGUGUAUGCGUUUCCAAAAACCGAACCUACAGAGAGUUAAUAGAAUAGUAUCAUCAUUCAUCAUUUGGUUCAGUGCUCAUAUUUAAAAACUAAAUCUUCACAGACUCGAGCCUAUAAACGUAAUUAUUUAUUUAGUGGUCAUAUAAUGUAAAUUUUUUAUUGUUUUCAAUUAAAGCUCAAGUGACAUCCCUGGCGUUCUAAACAAGCAUACUAUAAUCAAUUAAAAAUCACAUUUAAAUUAAUGAUUCUAAACCUCAUUUUUACACAAAUAUGUCUGAAUCAAAAACUACUUUUUCAAACUGCUGUCAGUUUACACGUAUACUGGUUACCAGGGGCCAUUUCUCGAACGCCAUUAGUCUAAUAUUAUUAGUGCGUUGCCAUGGUAACCCACAUGAAUUGACAGUUCGUGGACUAAUAUUAUUAUAUUAGUCUAAUACCCUUCGAGAAAUGGGCCCCAGUUGUUCGAUGCUCAGACGAAACUGAUAAAUAAAUAUAAUAAAAUAGUUAAAUCUCAAUUUAUAGCUCCAUUUCGCUCCUACUGACUAUGAACUCAUAAUAAUAUGGGGAUAUUUAACUAAGUUUUAUUUGUAGAACUGCCAAGUUGUUUAUUGUAAAACUCCUUUUAUAAAGGACCUUUUGUGUUGCCAGAAUAAUAAAAUAUGUUUUCAAUUU